AAGAUAAUUAAAAGAUUUUUUUUUACUGCACAAGUUUGUGAUAAAAAAGCAAUCGUAUUUAUUAUUCUCAUGAUUCCUUAAAUCAAACAUUAAUUUAAGGUCAUUUUAUGUAAAUUUUGCAGGAUGUUUGGUCCCGAGCAUGUCUCCAGAGUGCGACAACUAUAUAAACUGAUCUUCAGAGUGCACCGAGCUUUGCCCACUGAGCUUCGUAUCAUGGGAGAUAAUUAUGCAAGAGAUGAGUUUAAGCGGCAUAAAAACUGCAAUCUUGAGGAGUCUCGAAUUUUCUUAAACGAAUGGACAGACUAUGCAAUUAGUUUAGCUAAACAAAUGAAGCCACUACAGCAGGUUAAACGAAAAACUGUUGGCAAGUACAUAGACCCACAACUGCUAGAUCACAUGACUGAUGAACAGAUUGUCCAACUCUAUGAGCUCCACAAAGCAGCCACUCAGACUAACACUGAAAACAUAGAGAUGCAAGAACACAACACUAAAGAUAAGUAGUUGCCAAUUAUGUAAAUAAAAAUACCCAUGUUUUGAAUUGUAAAUAGAAAUAAUAACUUUGUAUUCUAAAAUGUAUUCUGCUAAAAACAAAGUUUGAAGUGCACUUUAUGAUAAUGAUGAUUGAUGUGGCUAUUUAAGUUCAAUCCGAAAUCAAUAAAGCAAAAUCAUGUUAUUUUUUAUUUUGUACAAUAAUAUCUUUUUUAUGAAAAAUAAAUAUAAAUUUAAAAUUAUUGUUAAAUUAAAAUCUAGAAUAAAAAUAUGUACAAUACAGCAGAUAACCUUGGAUUUCUAAUUAUGUAUGUUCUUUAGUUUGUUUUGUUAGUAAGUACAAGUACCAAUACAGCACUGCACAUGGCAUGAUU